GGUGGCAUCCCAAUACUUUAGUAGUAGAAGGAGACAUGGAUAAGGGAAUCUUUUGGCCAAACAAGGAGACCGUCGGUUGCCCUUGUCUUAUUUUUGUUUGGUUGAAACAAGUUUCAAACAACGGCCAAAAUGUGACCGUGUCUCCACACGACCGCCGGGGCGUGGACUUCUAACGGUUGGCAUAUUUUGUGGGGCGCCUCCGCGUUUCCAAUUUUUGGCACGUUGUGCCAAGGGUCCCACCGGCCCGACAAUAUCCCAGCCAGCGAAGAAGAACGAAGAUCCGACAAAGCACAUGCUACCGCACCUUCGGUUGUGGACAAAUAUUUCGCCAGUACGAUAGCUAAACGCAACGCAGCAAGGAUACUCGAUGAGCAAGGCAAAGGAUUUGUGAGAAGGUCGAAAAUUUUGUUGCAGUUUUGUCCAUCAUAUUUCCGAGUGGAUUGAGCAUUGAUCACCGCAGUUCAUAACCCACGCACAUCUAUCUUUGACGGACCAGAGCCUAAGAAACGACUUGCUCUUGCCUUCGUUACUUCUGUUAUCUUCUGUCUACCAAGCCAAGCUUCCCUCGUUGUUCAGACCCAAGAGUAGCUAGUCAGAUCGACCAUACUACCUAUCCAUAAAAAGGAAGAGGAAGACAACAACACCAGAUUUAUUUCUUGAAGUACAACUUACUUGAUCUAUUUGCAAGAUGAUGCCCCCAGUAGUAGAAGGAUCGGUGGACAAUGAGUCCGUCUAUCCCCACCACCAACAUCCCACUGAUGAGUACAACAAGGGACAUUCUCGUCGAUCUGCUUUUAUGGACGUCGUGAGACGAUACAAGUGGUACAUUACGGCUGGAACCGUCGUCUUUAUCCUCAUCUUGUGUAUCGCCAUUCCAGUCUCCAAAAAGAACAAGGGCGGUAGCAACGAAUCCAUCUCUUCGGUCGGUUCGUCGUCUCAGACAUCUCCUCCUGGUUCCGACAAUUCAGGCUCUCCAACUGAUCCCUUGGCCCGAAAAAAGGCCGAUCUCAUGGGACGCAUCAAGUCCGGUUUUGACGUAUUGGGAUUGCCCGAAUCACACAGUACCAUGUUGGAUAGCCCCGAAAGUCCACAAGCACGAGCUCUCAGCUGGGUCGCCGGAUCCGACAAGUACGACGAAUACAAUGAUGAUCAACGAUUGCAACGUUACGCGCUGGCAUCCUUCUUUUAUGCUACCUACGCCGUCCGCAAUGCCUAUGUCACACAGCAAGUGCCCUGGACCACGGCCGAAAAGUGGCUCUCGGAAGAACACGAAUGCGACUGGGAAGGAAUCACUUGCUCUACCCCCGAAGAAUCGCCCACGGGAAAUCGGGUCGUUACCAUGAUUGAAAUGGAAGAACACCGCAUCUCGGGAACGAUCCCACUCGAUUUGGUACUCUUGCGAGAAUCCCUGAAAUCCAUUGUCCUCACCAACAAUCUCAUCUUUAUGGAAGGAGAUGCCAUGAAUGUAUUCCAGUACUUGGAAAACUUGGAGGUACUCAUGUUGGCGGACAAUUACAUUGUCGAACGAAAUGGACUCCCACAGGCGCUCCGCAAUUUGGGAAACCUCAAGAAACUCAUCUUGUCCUACAACUUGUUGCAGGGAGCCAUUCGUCCAAACUACUUUGAAAACUUGCGCAAGUUGUCACACUUGGAAGUCGAAAGCAACUACUUGUCCGGACCUCUACCAUCCAGUAUCUACGAAAUGGAUCAGUUGGUAUACCUCUAUGUCCGACGAAAUGAUCUCAACUUUAACUUUCCUCAUGCCAUUCGAACCGCCAACUGGCCCAAUAUGUUCUCCAUGUGGUUUGACCACAACAACAUUACUGGAACCUUCCCGACCGAGAUGGGUAAAUUGACUGGAUUGGCCAGCUUUUCUUUGACCAACACCACUGUGCGAGGUACCAUCCCUACCGAAAUUGGUGCUCUCACCGGACUUCGUCGCAUGUGGCUCUAUGGAAACAACCUCCACGGAACCAUCCCAACCCAGCUUGGAAACUUGCCAAUACUAGAGGUGGCGGAAAUGUACGGAAAUAACUUGGAAGGAUCCAUGCCUCAAGGGGCUUGUGAGGCCAUUGCAGCGGCAACUUAUGAUUACAAGGUGCUCUCGGCCGAUUGUGGAAAGGUCCAAUGCCAGAACUGUUGCACGCAAUGCUACUAGUCUAGUAGGUCAAUAAGGCAGGCAGGCAAGUCUUUCCAUUUCAUGCACACAGGCGAGAGGAAGGAAGGAAGCACCAAGGCAGAGAACAAUUGCUUUCCAAACAAACAAACCAAGACAUCAUCUGCUCACUGUAGGUAGCGUAACAUAGUUUUUCGUAAUCGAUUGCAUUUUUAUUAUUC